GUGCUGUGCUGUGAUGUUCGGUUCUGUUCUGUUUAUGCUUGUGUCUGUGUUGAACGGAACUGAAACUGACAUUGAAUCUGAGUGGAAUGACCCUCGGUUUUUUGGCUAUUGAGGUUCUUUCUUUUUUUGUUGCUUGUGCGGUGCAGUGGGGGGCUUAAAAACAAUUUGCUGACACAUAAAGUGAGACCAGACCCCAGUGAAGUGCGGCAACAGGGCCCAGCCAGAACCCGAACCCGAAUCCAGGAAAUAUAAUUCAAGUAGAGAUGUGCCAGAGAGGCCCUAAGAAGUGAACUGCAACCAAUAUCGAGAAGAUCGAGCGUCACCAGAUAUAGUCAGGAGAAAUCUUCUGGCGGCCCCACAACGGUGGGCAAUGAACCCGCGUCAAUACAGCGCAAAAAGUAAUUAAAUCAGCGCAUCGUACACAAACGCAAACGCAUACGCAAACGCAGAAGAUUAGGAUGCUUGUGCUGUGGGGGCAGUGGCAGUGGCAGCGGCAGCCAUGACCACGCAUACUACUACGGGGACGAAAACGAAUAAAACGACACCGAUAGGGAGGAGCCUACAGCCAGCGAGACAGUUUCGCAUUGCAUGGGGACAUGCCAGCGCCUCAAGAGCCGUUUCCGGCACCUUCGGACGCCAGUGAUUCAUUCUGAGCAGCAUCGGAAGUUACAGUCGCUCCCGCUCUCGGUCUCGCUUUCUCCGAUUCUGAUUUGGAAACCAUUGAAGCGAAGCCACAGACCGAUAACAUUAACGGAAGGCGUUGAAAUCACAGCGAUCGGCCGCGAUGGGCAGUCUGCCGAAUCUGCACGAGCUGGAGGCGGCCGAGCGCAAGCGUGAGAAGCGUAGGGAGUACGAGCUGCUGCUGGAGCAGCGGGCCAGAGACACUAGUAGGGAGCGCGAGCGGCUCUCCUUAUUUGCCCAGCAGCGCAAGCAAUCUUCGUACAAUGCCUACGUCAUGGCCGGCCUGGGAGUUGGCGGCGGCUCGCUGAGCCUUUCGACUGCCGGAGCUGGAAACGCAGAUCUCCCCAUCGCCAAUGGAGGUGGUCCCGCGCAAUCAGAGGCCAUGGGCUGCACUACGACGACAACAACGACGGCAACCACAACGACCAGCACGUUCAGCGGUUUUACCAUGCUGGGGCUGACAACGAAGAGAAUUACAUCGCACUCCCACCACCAGAACGUCCCUCCGCAGCAGAAUCAACACCAGCAUCUGCAUCAGCACCAGCAUCAUCAUCGCCAUUCGUUAACCACCAGGCAUCGCGUGUUGCGUACCCGCAGCUCGGGUGGAGCCCACAACGUUUGGGAUGACCAGAUGAUGGAGGCGCACUUUGCUGCGUACUCGCCCUCGCCGGUAUCCACGCGCUCGCACCGCAUCAAUCCGGUGUCCUCGUACCAGGUUCAGGCGGCCCUGGCGGCGUCACGGCGCCGUGAGUCGAUCAAUAGCUCGAUCGGGGCCACCUCCAUACGCCGGCUGAUCACGUUGAACAACCGGAACUGCCGACACCGAGUGCCGGCCCAUGUGCGCCAGAAGGUGUGGCGCCAGUUCAGCUACCUGGCCAUCGCCCACGGCCUGAUGAACGCCGUGCUGCUGCCAAUGAUGGCCCUGCAGGGCUCCAAUGCGGUGUGGCACCACCGGGAGCAGUGGCUGCCCAUCGGCCCGGAUAUCGGGUCGCUGCUGCUCAGCACCUUGUUCUUGCUGGCUGCCGGUAUGUGCCUGCCCAGCGCAUGGCUGAUGCGCCGCUACGGAUACACGCCGCUUCUGGCGGCCAACUACCUAGCGGUGAUGCUCUUCGUACUGUCGCACAUAUACGCCUCCAUAUACACGCUGCUGCCGGCCUACCUGCUGCUGGGCCUUACCAUCAGCGGCGCCAAUGGCUGCAAGGCGGCGCUCAUUGUCCAUUUCGGUGGGAGGCUUAGUUGCUCCCAGGCCGCCUGCGAGCAGCAAGCGCAGGCCGCCGUGGACGUGCUGAACGAGGAGCACAAGAUGUUCUGCAACCGAGAGCAAAAGGUGCGACGCUUGGCCCGUUGGUUCCGCGCCUCCCAAGACCUAGGUCUCAUCGUGGGUGCCUUGUUGGCCUCGGUGCUGCUCGUAUGCAACGGCAGCGACUGGAGUUGCUCCGGAGCGGGGGACACUCGCAAUGGGUCUGCGACUGCGCCUCAGCUGCGGGACUUCUUUAACCGGAACGAGCACGGCGAGCGUAUUUGCGGGGCAGACAUGUGCCCGCUCAGGGUGCAGACACCGCUGGUGGCCGAUUGGGCCAACGGAUCCGGAUCUAGCUUCACGCAGCGCUCUAUCUACGUCGGGUUCAUCGAGAGCGGCGCCCGGGCUGGUGGCCAGUCGCUGCUAUGGCUGUACGUGCUGUUCUCCUUGGUAUCGCUGAUCCUUUCCCUGGUCGCGGUAGUUGGCAGGGCGCACGGGGCCGCCUUCAUGGGCUCCUCGCGACAGGAGAGGAGCUUGGGCUUGAGGGACGUCAGCAUCACGGAUACGCUGCUCUUUGCCGGACCGCUGGCCUAUUUCGUGGGUACGGAGCAGGCAUACAUGCUUGGCGACUUCCUGCGGGCCUUCGUCUCCUGCUCCCUGGGCAUCGGCAUGAUAGCUGGAGCCAUGGUUGGCAUGGGACUGAUGCAGCUGAUCGUCUCCUGCACGCUGAGCAUGCUGCUACGGCACGUCAAGCGAAUCGUGGUGAUCUUGGCCGGAUUCUUCUUCCACUCCUGCCUGCUGCUCGCGCUCUCCAGCUGGAAGCCGUCGAACGACGACAGUGCACUGUUCUACGUAAUAGCCGCUUCAUGGGGCGCCUGCAACGGCAUGUGGGAGACUCUGCUCCUCUCGCUGGUCACCCUCAACCAUGCCAACCAUGUGACCGAGGUAUCGGCGCCUCUACAGGCCCUCCGCUUCCUGGGCUUGGGUAUCACCUUUGCGGGGCACGGCUUCCUCUGCGAGUCGCUAAAAAUCAUCGCUCUGGUGGUGCUGUUGGUCAUCAGCGUGCCUCCCUACGCCACGCUCGAGAUCCGCCUGGAGGCCCAGCGCAAGGCCACGCUCAUAAGUUUAUGACGGAGCAUCUUCAGCUAGUCCCGACGCCAGCGGCGGGGCACCGUGGCCCGCACCCAAACCAUGUGAGGGCGGCUUAACCUGGUCCGAAGGAUUGCCGCCGACCGGACCACCCCCGACCUGAUCGAGUUUCAGUAUUGAUGGAGAGACUAGAGUCAGGGUACAAUUCAGUAUUUCCUUGGCGCUCUGAGAUGCAGCCCCAGAGAUGGGCCCUAGAUCCACACAGGCAGGACGACUAGGGGCACUCUCUCCCCAACAUCCAGGACUUUCGGCCAUCGAGUCCUGAGUCAUUCAGUUAAGAGUUCGUAUGACUAGACACUAAGAUUGAUCUAUGUAUGUAUGUAUGUAUAUACAUUGCAUGUAUAAAUGUUGGAAUGGGGGGAAUCCGUGUGCCCGCCCCAUUCUGUCGAUGUGUGCAUUCUUAACUCUAGCAUUUGCCAGUGCCAAAAAUGUUGUUCCAUGUUCCAUGUCCGUAAAUUUCUCUAUCAAAUAGAGAGCUUUUUGUGGUCUCUUCCGUGGUGUCAACUCAAGCUGCAAUACGUCUAUAGCCAAUAGUUUAAGAUAUAAUACGAUCUGAUACGAUAUGACAUAAUAUUUGAUGUCUAUGUAAUCUGCCACAGGGCUUUGGUUAACUAUGGCAGCUAUAUACUCUUGUGCCACAAACAGUGUAUUCCUCUGACGUAGUUUCUAAGUUUACGAUUAGGUUUACCGAGCCGCUGACCUGAUGUUCUUCAUGUGGUAUCCCAAUACCGUACCGUACCGUACGUACAUACAUAUAUCGAUCUAUCGUUCCAUUUGUACAUAU